GUUGAUGGAGGGGUUGCUUGCGUUAACACAGCCAACAGGUGAUGCUGGUGUUUGGAACCCUUCCCCCGCCUCUUGAUUUGAAACAUCCUCUUUCUGCCCAUGCCCCAAUAUGUUUCAUAUUGCUCCAGGUUUCUUUAAUCAUAGCAUUCAAGGGCCUGAAAUAUUUGUUCCCCCAUAGGUGCUAAGUGAGACAAUUGACUUUCUCCAUUUUGCAAUGGCCUUUUCUUUACUGCUAACUCCCAAGACCCCCACGUCUGCUUUUCUGGUGAGCACCUAUUGUUUUUCUGCUUCUCGCCGCCUCCAGUGGUCUUCCUCCCUGUCAGCCCCUUCACCACCUGGGGGGCUUCUGCUCUCUGCAUCUAGUCCAGGCUCAGGCAUUUUGCUAAUCAUCUGCCUUCAGUCCAAGCCUUGUUAUACUCUGCUCACACUGAUUCCACUCUACCUUUCACACCAUUUCUUUCUCUCAUUCUUCCCAAUUAAAGAAUACAUCCUACAAAGAUACAUCCUACAAUGCCUACAAAGGCACAUCCCAUUUGUGCCAAUAAGCGGCCUGUAGCUACUCAAGCCCUCCUCACCAUGGGUACCACCACUUUUAGCCCCUUCACCCUUCUCUGGUGGUUUGAUGUGAACCAGUCUUGUCUCUUCAGCUCCACUGGGGCCCAGUGGGGGAGGGAACCUGCAUUCCUUCUGGAGUCCCCAGCACUCUGAGCUGUGCUGGCACCUGUGUGCUCCGUGAUUACAGGCUGGUGGGCUGGAGUUGGCCUGAACUUUUAACAAGUGCGUAAAUACACUGGGAGAUGGGUGGGGGAGGGGACCUGGUGAAGCAUUUCUUAAUUCGGAGGGAUUACUUUCCGGAGAGGAAGGAACAAUUAGUCUCUCUUCAAGGUUAGCCCAGAGCAUGCUCUGGAUUGCGAUUGAGUCACGCCCCUUACCUCCCACCCCCCCACUCUCCCAGGUGCAUGUCCCCAGCCACACCUGGUGGGGCAGCUGACUUGAUAAAAAGUAGCUCCGAGGGGGUGGGCGGGGGCUAUUCGAGGAGCAGGAGGAUGAGCGCUGAGUAUGGACAGCGGCAGCAGCCCGGGGGCCGUGGGGGUCGCAGUUCUGGGAACAAAAAGUCCAAAAAGCGCUGUCGGCGCAAGGAAUCCUACUCCAUGUAUAUCUACAAGGUGCUGAAGCAGGUGCACCCUGACAUCGGCAUCUCUGCCAAGGCCAUGAGCAUCAUGAACUCGUUUGUAAACGAUGUGUUUGAGCGGCUGGCAUGUGAGGCUGCCCGGCUGGCCCAGUACUCGGGCCGGACCACCCUGACAUCCCGAGAAGUUCAGACAGCCGUGCGUCUGCUGCUGCCUGGGGAGCUGGCCAAGCACGCUGUGUCCGAGGGCACCAAGGCUGUCACCAAGUACACCAGCUCCAAGUGACCCAGGGUCUGACAAAAAUAAAGGCUGAACUGUGUCUGUGCACUGUGGUGAUUUGAAAGAAGGGUGUGUGAGGCCAGGGUGUGGUCUGAAGCAAGGGUGUCCUCACUUCGAGGCUACCACAGGUGGAGCAGCACUUCUUCAGAUGUCUUAGAAACUGCUUCCUAGGUGCAUCCCGUGAGCAACGUGUGAUAGCUUUGUAAACAUGUGAAUGUUCUAUUUGGUAGUGAGCUGAAAUAGGACCUGGGACUGGACUAGCAUCUGGAUUUACUGCCAGCUGAUUCCCUCUCUGGGCCUGAAAUUCCUCCUGUGUGGUCCUCUUUCAGGGUGUGGCUUCCCCAUGUCAUUUCCCACCAACUGUCAUUGCGUCCUAGACGACAGACACUAUUGUUUGAAGGGGCUGCACAGAUCUAUUCAAGAUAAAAAACUGAAGGCCCAGACCAGCUUUUAAAUAACCUGCUGAGAUCAGUAUGAUUUUUCAGUUUCCCCUUUAUUUCAGUACAAAUCAGUGGGGAUGUUUUUGAAACUCCAAACUUCCCCAAUUUUAUUUGGAAAAAUUUGAAACCCACAGAAAAACUGCAAGAAGUACCACGGUCACUCCUAUGUCCUUACCUAGAUUUACUGCUCACCACUUAACCACUGCUUUUCCUGUCUCAUGAAGCCUCUGCUUAUCUUGUGGGCACAU